AUGUUGAUAUUAAUACUUUUUACAAUAUGUUAAUCAGUUAUCGUGAGUUUAGAUAAAACUUGUUUAUGUUCAGAAAUCUUUUUAGAAUAUGAUUGUACAGCAUUUGGAUGUAAAUUUGAAUAGAAAUUAUGUGCAAAUUUGGUUUGUUCUGAUGUUAAAUCAAGAGUAGAAUGUGAUUCAAGAUUUGAUUGUUCAUUUGAUCAUAAGACUUAAACUUGUUCUGUUUUUUCUUAAUGCAAUGCAUAUUAUGUAGAUGUAGAAGAGUAAUGUUAUAAUAAAGGCAAUUAAGUAAUAGGAUGUGUAUCAAGUGGUAAAAAAAGUGAAGGUUAUUAUUAAUGUACUAAUUAUUUGGCAAAACAAAUAGAGUAUGUUAUUUGUUCUGAAUAACUUACUUCAGCAAGUUGUAAUGGUGUAUAAUCAGAUGGUUAUAGAUGUGUAUGGAAGAGUAUAAGUAAUAAAUGUGUGGCAUUUUAAUUGAAUAAUUGUGAUGAUGCAUCUGACUUAAAUGAACCUUUGUGUGAUAUAACUUAUUGUGUAUGGUCAAACAAUGAUUGUAAAGAGAAAUAAUGUAAGGAUUUUACAUCUUAAAGUUCAUGCAAAUACAUUCCACAUUUAGAUGGUAAUUAAUUUACUAUAUGUUCUUGGACAGGUAAUUAAUGUAUUGAAUUGAACAGUGUUUCUUAACUAUAAUAAAAUAAUUGUUCAAUUCUAACAUUAGGUACAUACUUUUGGAAUAAUGUAAAAAAUCAAUGUAUAGAAUGUGAAGGAUAUAGUAAAUUAUUUUUAAUGAGUUUGAUUAUAUUAAUCAUAUAAUUCUGA